GGCACGUAUAUAUGUGUCAAAGCAAAUAUUUUCAAAUUAAGAGAUUUAAGGAGUACAAACUUUAAUUAGUACCUUCAUAUGCAAACAUAGGGUCAUUAACCAUAAGAUCAAAGGAAUUUAUAUGGACGCUAUCUAAGGAUUAUGUGCCAUUUUGUUUGUUUCACAUACCAAAUGGUGCAGACCCUGUAAUUUCUUCACUUGAACUUCGCCCUCUUCCUCGAGGAGCUUAAAACAGUGGUCUGGGUGGGCCUCGGAAGAACUUUCUGAGGAAGUGUUACAGGAUUAAUUGUGGUUAUACCAAUGGGUCUCUUAGGUAAUUUUCUUCCUUAAUUAGUAAUCUUAUAUGUAAGGUGUAUUCUCUUAUUGAUCAAUUUAGACAUGAACAGGUACCCUUUGGAUCGAUAUGAUCGUGUAUGGGAUGCUGAUGAAGAUUUUUCCCCCUCCCAUUUGUCAGUUCCUCUUUAUACCAAAUUUAGCCUCAAUGCCUCCUUAGAAACUGAGGUGCCUCCUAUGGUUGUUUUGCAAACCGCCAGACUGCUCGAGAGAAAAAAAUUGUUGACAUAUGAUCUGCCCUUAGAGGAGCUUGGAAAUUACUAUAUAGUUCUCUAUUUUGCUGGGAUUGUACCAGUUUCCUCCAGGUUUAACAUAUUGGCUAAUAAAGGAAUUGUUCGAUCAAAUUACACUGUAACCAGCAGAAACUCCAGUGUUUUACAUUUCACUGUGGAACAAGUUAGGGGACUGAACAUUACCCUCCAAAACAUCAGCUUCUACCCUCUUAUCAAUGCUAUCGAGGUGUUUCAGAUGGUUGAUUUACCUCCAGAGACUUCUUCAACCACAUUCUCAGCUCUAGAGGUUAUUCAGCAAUACACAGGUUUAGAUUUAGGAUGGGAGGAAGAUCCAUGCUUUCCUAAACCAUGGAAUCAUAUAACAUGUGAUGGAAAUCUUGUCACAUCUAUAGAACUAUCUGGUAUAAACUUGAGGUCAAUCAGUCCUUCCUUUGGUGAUCUGCUAGAUCUCAGAAUACUGGACUUGCAUAACACAUCACUAACAGGAAAGCUACAAAACUUGAAUGGUCUGCUACACAUCGAGCAACUGAAUCUGAGUUUCAACGAUCUCACUUCCUUUGGGACAGAUCUGGAUAGCCUGGUGAAUCUUCAAGUUUUGGACCUGAAGAAUAACAGCUUACGAGGAACAGUUCCUGACGAGUUGGGAGCUUUAAAGAAUCUUCAUCUACUGAACCUGGAAAACAAUAAAUUGCGAGGGCCUCUUCCGCAGUCUUUGAAGAAAGAGGAUUUGUUUCUCAGGACAUCAGGAAAUUUGUGCCUGUCUGUCUCUAAAAAUGUGUGCAACAGCCCAGGAGAUGCUUCAAUCGAGGCACCUCAAUUUACUGUGGUUCCUGAAAGAAAGCACAGAGGCCAUAUGCAUAUAGCCAUCAUAUUUGGUGCAGUUUUCGGAAGAAUAUAUGUGGUUAUGUUGAUUGGUUUUUUGGUGUUUUUUUAUAUGAGAAAGAAAACACCAACAUUAAGUAACACAGAAAAGGCAGAAGCUGAAAUCAGAAACUGGAAUGCAGCCAGAGUUUUUUCAUACAAGGAAAUUAAAAAGGCAACAAAUCAUUGGGCUUGUUGGGUCGUUAUGGACAUAUUUAGGCUAAAAUGAGACAUUUUCGCUCUCAUUUUUUAACUAAUGAACCUAAGGACUCAUUUAAAACUAAUUACAUGUUUUAUAUGCUUUGUUUAAAAUUUCUAAGACUCAUUCCUAUCAAGUUAUGCAAGUUAUAGGCUUGUUGGGUCGUUAUGGACAUAUUUAGGCUAAAAUGAGACAUUUCGCCCCCAUUUUUGAACUAAUGAACCUAAGGACUCAUUUAGAACUAAUUACAUGUUUUAUAUGCUUAGUUUAAACUUUCUAAGACUCAUUCCAAUCAAGUUAUGCACGUUUUAGGCUUGUUGGGUCGUUAUGGACAUAUUUAAGCUAAAAUGAGACAUUGUCGCUCCCAUUUUUGAACUAAUGAACCUAAUGAUUCAUUUUAAACUAAUUACAUGUUUUAUAUGAUUUGUUUAAACUUUCUAAGACUCAUUCCAAUCAAGUUAUGCACGUUUUAGGCUUGUUGGGUCGUUAUGGACAUAUUUAGGCUAAAAUGAGACAUUUUCGCUCUCAUUUUUUAACUAAUGAACCUAAGGACUCAUUUAAAACUAAUUACAUGUUUUAUAUGCUUUGUUUAAAAUUUCUAAGACUCAUUCCAAUCAAGUUAUGCAUGUUAUAGGCUUGUUGGGUCGUUAUGAACAUAUUUAGGCUAAAAUGAGACAUUUUCGCUCCCAUUUUUGAACUAAUGAACCUAAGGACUCAUUUUAAACUAAUUACAUGUUUUAUAUGCUUUGUUUAAACUUUUUAAGACUCAUUCCAAUCAAGUUAUGCACGUUUUAGGCUUGUUGGGUCGUUAUGGACAUAUUUAGGCUAAAAUGAGACAUUUUCGCUCUCAUUUUUUAACUAAUGAACCUAAGGACUCAUUUAAAACUAAUUACAUGUUUUAUAUGCUUUGUUUAAAAUUUCUAAGACUCAUUCCAAUCAAGUUAUGCACGUUAUAGGCUUGUUGGGUCGUUAUGGACAUAUUUAGGCUAAAAUGAGACAUUUUCGCUCCUAUUUUUGAACUAAUGAACCUAAGGACUCAUUUAGAACUAAUUACAUGUUUUAUAUGCUUAGUUUAAACUUUCUAAGACUCAUUCCAAUCAAGUUAUGCACGUUUUAGGCUUGUUGGGUCGUUAUGGACAUAUUUAAGCUAAAAUGAGACAUUGUCGCUCCCAUUUUUGAACUAAUGAACCUAAUGAUUCAUUUUAAACUAAUUACAUGUUUUAUAUGAACCUAACUCGGCAAAUAAAUAACACAAACAACUAAUAAGAAACAAUUUGUAAACCUACAAAAGCUAUUAAUAAAUUAUCUCGAAAC